AUGCCUUGCGCCGAAGCGUCCUGUUCUCCCAAUGGGAAUUCUUGCCGCGGAGGAUCACGGGAGGCAAAGUCUGUUCCCGCUUCGUUGGGGGAAAGGACGCCUUGGGCCUCGACGGCCCGGUUCUCUCAAUGGAAAUUCCCGCCUCAGAACAUUACGGGGGACAAAGUUAUCGAGGAAGACGCCAACUUGUGUUUAACUCGCCUUUCUCCUCCUUUUCUUUCUCCCUCCAAAGGUUCCAUCUUGUCAUCGAAACGAACCGGGAUCCCGGCUCCCCGAGAGCUGCCGACCUCCGUGGCCAGGGAAAAGGCGGUCCUGAGACCUAGGAAGGCCCAGCCCAGCCCCACAUCAUCCGGGGCACCCACGCCAACCAAGCACUCGCGACCCGUCCUCAAGCUCAAGAAUGAGGCCGACGCCGGGGACAAGGCGGUCCUGGAGACCCAGGUCAAGGAGCUUCUGGCCGAAGCCAAGACAAAGGACUCGGAGAUCUCCAAGCUGCGGAACGAGCUGAAGAGGCGGCAGGAGAAGGAGCCGGCAAACGGGGAGCUUCUCGCGGGUUCGCCAGAGCAGAGCGGGAUACCGGCCGAGGCCGAGCCCUUGAUCCGGGCUCUGCGGGAGAAGAACCGGACGUUCCAACGGGAGCUCUUGACCCUGGGGGAGGAGAACCGGUUGCUGAAAGAGAAACUGGCUCACUUGGAGAACUCCCCAUUGAUGGACACCCUCAGUAGCAGUGGCGGGGACAGCAGCCUUCCGACUCCAACCACGCAGGAAUCGAGUUUUGGGAGCCCCGUGCGACCCUCAGCAGAUGGAGUUGGCAGCAAUCACCCAUGUCCCAAUGGGCCGCCCUUCCGGACCUCAGGCUCGUCCAGCAGCGACGUGACCAAAGCUUCCCUGUCACCUGACGCUUCAGACUUUGAGCACAUCAUGGAUGUCCCCUCGCGGGCAGCCUCAUCACCCAGCGACCCUCCAUUCAAGACUUCCCGAGGGUCCACCUCAGGGAGCUCCCCCAACAAUGUCAGUGACCUCUCGGUGGCCUCGCUGACGGAGAGGAUCCAGCGGAUGGAGGAGAACCACCACUGCACGGCCGAGGAGCUCCAGGCCACCCUUCAGGAGCUCUCAGACCAGCAGCAGGUGGUCCAGGAGCUGACGGCCGAGAACGAGAAGCUGGCGGAGGAGAAGGCCCUUCUGGAGAGCUCCUUCCAUCAGCACCGGGAAAGAGCCGAGCAGCUGAGCCAAGAGAAUGAGAAACUCACCGCUCGCCUUCAGGAGCGACCGAAAAACGAUGAGAGCAAAGUCAAGGUCCACGAUCUGGAGCAGAGAUGCACCGAGUUGGAGCAGAAGGCCCGUUUUGAGCGGGAGAAGAUGCUCAAUAUCCAGCAGCAACUGACCAGCAGCCUCAGGAGUCUGGAAAGGGAACACCAAGAAUCCCAUGCGGCCGCCGGGAGCCUGCGGGAGGAGAAGGAGCGCCUGGGCAUCCUCCUGGAAGCCGAGCGGCACAGCAACGCCACCCUGGCCAAGACCUUGGAGGAGUGCAAGGUCUCCCUGGAAGGCCUUAAGAUUGAGAAUGGCUCACUUCGGUCCCAGCUGGAGAGCGAGAAGCAGAAAGCGGCCGCCUUAGAUGCCAUGGGUCAUGCUGCUGGUGACUCAGAUGUCCAGGAGAUGUUGAAAGGGGUUCGGGCGGAGAAGGACCGGCUGGAGCUAGCCUGCACAGAGCUCAAGCGGGAAUUGCUGAAGGCUCACAGCGAAGUGAAGGCUGUGCAAAGUCAGCUAGCCAAGGUUGAGAAAGAACGAGGGCAGCUGAAGGAGGCCUUCGACCGGCAGUCGGAGCAACUGAACCGCGCCGGCCUCAAACUGCAGGAGAAAACGUCGGAGAACGAGACGGAGAUCAGGAACCUGAAGGAGACCAUCUUUGAGCUGGAAGACCAGGUGGAGCAACACCGAGCGGUCAAGCUGCAUGACAACCAGAUCAUUCGGGACUUGGAGGGUAAUCUGCUGAAACUAGAAGAUCAAAAGGCAGAUUUGGAGAGGCAGCUGAAGUCCUUAAAUAAACAGAUUAAGGAAGACACGGAGGAGUGGCGUCGCUUCCAAGCCGACCUGCAGACGGCCGUGGUGGUGGCGAACGACAUCAAGUGCGAAGCGCAGCAGGAGUUGCGGGCCGUGAAGCGGCGCCUCCUGGAAGAGGAAGAGAAGAGCGCCCGGCUGCAGAAGGAGCUGGAGGAAGCGCGAGGAGGCAGCACCAGGCCAUCCGCCGAGGUGACAAACUCCACCGAGGGAGACGCCGCCAAGCGCUGGCAAGGCGUCUCAGUAAACCACGCUUCGCCGACGCCGCCAGAGUCCCUGGCCACCGUCAAAUCCCUGAUCAAGUCCUUUGACUUGGGCUGCCCAGGCACCGGAGGCGGGCAGAGCAUCCCAGUCCACAAAGCGGCCCGGAGUCCCCUGAGCGGCAUCCCGACCCGGACGGCGCCCGCCGCUGCCGUCUCGCCCAUCCAGAGACAUUCGACCUUCAGCUCCAAGCCUUCCGGGAAAACCUUCGCCAAACCCUCCGAACUGCCAGAGCUCCCGCUAACAGACUUGCUGAAAGGGAGAGGCGAGGAAGACCUGAAGCCGGACCCCUUCCUCCGCAAAAGCCCUUCGCUGGAGUCUCUCAGCAAGCCCCCUGCCGUGGCGUUUGCAGGCAGGAUGCUGACUUCCACCCCCAGCGGGUUGAGACCCCCCAGCAAACUCAGCGUGGAGAGGAAAGACCCCUUGGCCGCCUUGGCGAGGGAGUAUGGCGGCUCGAAGAGGAACGCGCUGCUGAAGUGGUGCCAGAAGAAAACAGAAGGCUAUCCGAAUAUCGACAUCACGAAUUUCAGCAGCAGCUGGAGUGACGGCUUGGCCUUCUGCGCUCUCCUGCACACUUACCUUCCGGCCCACAUCCCUUUCCAGGAGCUGGACGCCCAGGACAAGAAAAGAAACCUCCUCUUGGCUUUCCAGGCCGCCGAAAGUGUUGGCAUCAAACCCAGCCUGGAACUCAGUGAGAUCAUGUAUACGGACCGGCCGGACUGGCAGAGCGUGAUGCAGUACGUGGCGCAGAUCUACAAGUAUUUCGAGACCUGAGGAGCAGCGGAGGAGGAGGAGGAGGAGGAAGGAGGCGUCCGGAGAAACACCCCGCAAAGCACUUGAUCACUUUAGGAGACAUUCCCCUCGCACCCCGGUCGGUAUCCUCUCUGCCAAGCCCAGCGGACGUGCCUUGCGUCUCUGCGAAAUCUGCCGCGCAGCGCCCGCGGCGAACGGCGUUUCGUCCGCCUCCUUCCCACUGUGCCAAACGGACUCUUUCCAGCCAGGGCUCGGCCCCUUUGCUGCGGCUCGAAUCGACGCCUGGGACCGUCUUGCGGACACUUGAUACGUACUUUUUCCGUCUCGCCAACCAGCAGACUAGACUCCCUCAGCGGCGGUUUGUUGCGUCUCGUGAGGAUUUCGCUCCCGUGCCAAAAUGUAAGCGCAUCUCUCGUGCCAAGUUUGAUUCACUUGACGCUCCAUUAAGUCCAGCCCAAACUGCACCCAGCCCUUGUUGGCUUUUGGGGAACAGUAAAUCCAAUGUGCCCCAAAAGCAGCGUCCCAGUUAACCUCCAUUUUGCCCCAGUCUCCCCUUCCUUUUAAUGCAGAGAACAUUUCUUUGGGUCUUGCGCAUUUUGGGAACCCUCCAUCAUCGCACCUUCGAGUUGUUUUAAAACCAAACCCAGGGUCUGCAGAUGUGUCUCUGCAACUCAUACUUUUAUUUCACAAGACAGAAAAACAUUCAGGGGUAGCUGUGUUGGCCCUUUAACAAAUACAACCCCAAAUCCGUCAGCGAUGCCUUUUAUCGCCCAACCGAAAUGCACAAUAUAUACGCCACGGAGCUUCGAAAGCUCGCAACUAUUGUGCAUUUCGGUGGGCCGAUAAAAGGCAUCGCUGAUGGAUAUUUGUUCCUAGGGCAAGGAUGAAGGAGAGGAGUUCAGACCCCAUCCUCUUUUUAGGAUCUUCCUCUAAAACAGGGGACUGGGAGGGUUAUAGUCUUUCUAGUCUGGGGUUUUGAGAUGGAUUGAUUCAUAUGUCUUGGGCCACUUCUUCCAUCUUCAGAAAGAACCUUGCAACUGGGGCUAAGAGGGUUGGAUUUGGAGGGGGUUUUGUCUUGCAAAGGAGGGAGCCCACCCUACUACUAUAAGUCCCUGAGGUCUAGGAAAGAGUUUGGACUCCUUUCAGCAACUUGUUUUAGUGGCGCGUGAGUAGCGGGUCUGUGUACGUUGAACAGAAAGUCGAAGGAUGAAGAUCUCCAAUCUGCAGGCAAAGGGUAUGGAGGCGCAUCUAGAAACAAUGUGGUUUGACGCCACUUUAAGACUGGUAUAUUAUUUAGACUGGUAGUUUGGCGAAGCACUGGCACUCUUGGUGCGAAACCACAAAUCCCAGGAUGGAGCUGCGGCACUUAAAAGUGGCGCCAAAGCGCAUUAUCUCUAGUGCAGAUGUGUGUGGGAGGAAUGGAGGUUCCAGAUAGAGAUGAGGAGCAUUGCGAAGGCGUCAUUGGAGCAGCAUCGCCUGGGGGAUGAUGGGCAUUGCAGUCUGGCACCAUUGGAGGGCAACAAGGCAAUCUCUUAUGGGCCACGGCGCAGGCAGCGCUUUUCCUUGCCUCCCCAAUGUGCUUUAUCCUCCAGAAUUGUAGUUUUCAGCAAGGUGGCACAUACAUAUACAUAUGCAUAUACAUAGACAUACAUAGUCUUUGGUCUGUAGGUGGGUAAACGAAUGCUAGAGACUGAGGAGGAAGAGAUGGUUCAGAGUUGGCAGGUUCUGAGUUCAAGGUCUGUUGGCGGAGGGUGCCUUUCUGCGUUUGUCAUUCAGGAAAAGGCAAGGAUGCAUGCAUUUAGACCAUUGCUGGUCCAAACGCCGGUCCUCCAGUUGUUUUGGACUUCAGCUCCCAGAAGCCUCAGCCACCUUGGCCAACAGGUUGGCAUUCUGGGAGCUGUAGUCCAAAACACCUGGAAGGCCAGAGUUUGGGCAUCACUGAUUUAGAGAGAGACCCCCUUUUCCAAACCAAGGACCACUAGGGAUGGCAGUCAAAGGCGCAUGCAAGCAAGAUGGGCUACCCAGUGCUUUCUUUCCCAAAAUGAUGCCAGUCAGGGAGCGCAGGGCUUGCAGAGACACAUCUUUGCAGGUUCUGGAUUCGGGAAACGCUGGGCAUGGGGGCAAAACGGUAGGCCUUCCCUCCCGAAGGGUCUUUUGGAGGAGGUCCUUCCCAUCUAACCAGGGCUUUGCUGGCCACUCGGUUUCCCCUCCCGUCCCUAGAGUCACGAAACGCCUGGAGAAGAGCGCCCCAUGGACGCCCCCCCGAUGGCACCCGACAGCCAUGUGCAAAUUGGUCUUUUGAAGAAGCCAUCGAUCCUCGCCGGCAGGGAAUGGACGCCGAGUCCUUUUCUCACUCUCCGCUUAUCAAUGCGGGGCUUUCUUUGCUGUUAACAUUAACAUUUUGGGGGGGCUAGAACGAACAAACAAACACUAAACACUGUUCUUGCCUCUUUGUCUUUCCUCCUUUUAAAUCCAUAUAUGUGCCAAGUCCUGCUGGAGGCAACGCUUCCCUUUCUUUCUCUUUCUUAUUUAUACAGAGAGUGCACUAGAAUGUAUAUAACAGACAUGCUGAAACAAAGGGACGGCCCUUGCCCCAGAGGGACAAACCAUGCUUUGCCCAUAGGAGAACACCAAACAAAUGUGCAAUGUUCCCUUAUGGGCAGGUGCUGUAUAUCUAUGGGCAAGUGCUGCCCUUUGUUUCACUAUGUCCCUAUAGACACUAAAAAGGGGCAAACGUAGGUCUGUGGGUGCUUUUCAUUAAUGCCCAGCUCUUGUUUUUUGUUCCCUUUGAGUCACUGUCAAUCUGUCUUUUGUUGUUGUCGUUAGAAAGAAACAAAACAGUUUAAUGUCAUUUGCGGCGUCGGACGCAUAACGUUUGUAAUAAAAUGGCUUUUUUUCCUUUGUUUCAAA